CCCGGCCGGCCUGUUAUCGGCUUUGAUCACCUGCAACAUUGGAUUGACCUUUUUUUUUUUUUUUUUUUCCUCUCUCCUUUCAUUUAUUAGCGGGUCUUCCACAUAUAUGGCCUGAACGCAGGUGGACCUGAAUUACCAUGUAUUAAGAAUCCUACAUCCGGUCGUCAUUAGCUCUGACAUGGAAAUCCCUAUUAUCUUAGAGCAUCCACCGUCAAAAAUUGCUCUCCCUUCUCUUCACCUUGAUAUGGUCCAAUGCCAUCGUACAUCGUUCAGGCGUUAGGUAGCGCCGGCCUCGUAUGGGGUCUCGUUGUCGUGAUUGUUCAAAGCAUAGGUAUCUAUAAAAUCUUCCGCAACUACUCGUCGAUCCCGCCCGCUCCGGUGUCCCCUUACCUACCGAAAGACGAGGUGCCGCACGUAACUAUCAUCCGCCCUGCCAAAGGUCUAGAACCCGGCCUUUACGAAUGCCUCGCCUCCGUCUUCCACCAGUCCUACCCGAAAGACAAGUUGACCAUCUACUUCUGCGUCUCCUCCAAGGAAGACGCCGCGUAUCCCGUCAUCCUAAAGCUCCUCGAUGACCACCCGGACUUCGAUGCCAAGGUCUUUAUCGAGGCCGAAGACCCUUACCUCCACGGCCACGGCGGCCACGUCGAUAAUGUCGGUCCAAACCCCAAGAUUCGCAAUCUGAGCAGGGCGUAUAGAGAGGCCAAGGGAGAUAUAAUAUGGCCACUCGACUGCAACGUGUGGGUAGCAAGGGAUGUGACUGGUCGUAUGGUCGAUAAGCUCUGCGGAUAUCAACCGAACGGCAAACGAGCGAAGCCCUACAAAUUCGUGCAUCAGCUACCCUUGGUGGUAGAUACCGUCACCUCCAUGAGCUCUUCAAACGACGAGGGACAGAUGCUACUUUCCGGAUCUUCCGUCACCGGUGGUUCCGACGCCCAGUCUAGCGUCGACGUGCCAUCCUCCGUCUUGUCUAGGUCUUGGGCUCACGGAGGCGGGAGACUGGAGGAGAUGUUCAUGGCUACGACCCACGCCAAGUUCUACGGCGCUAUUAACACCGUUGGCAUCGCGCCCUGCGUUGUCGGGAAGAGUAAUAUGUUCCGCAAGUCGCAUCUCGAUCAGGUCACAGAUCCCGCUCGAAACCCGAUCCUGACGGGCAGAGCCGCAACUCUGCCCAAGGGUCUAGACCACUUCUCGCUCUUCAUGUGUGAGGAUCAUGUUAUCGGAGAUCUUCUAUGGCGAUCCGACCUACCCGGCUUCGCAAACCAUGGCCUCGUUUGGGGUGAUCUGGCCAUUCAGCCUAUGGCGGGAAUGUCCAUACCCGCUUACGUCGCACGUAGGGUGAGAUGGCUGCGCGCUAGAAAAUGGACGGUAUUAUCAGCUACUCUAGUCGAGCACGGCGUCGAGAGCCUCGUUUGCUGCUUCUACGUGUCCUUUGGUCUCACUAGCGUCCCCUGGAUUCACGAGUAUCUUGGCAUACCACAAACUUGGACGGCUUUAUCGUAUCUCUGGCUCGCUGGCGUUGCGCUCUGGAUGGUUGUAGACCGCAUCGUAUUCAAGAAGCUGCAUGCAGGACACAGCAUAAACGUGGACGAACAGACGCCAUUAUUUGCCCGGGGCACGGGUCGCGGCGGGGCCGAAAAACGUCUAUUCGGCGAGUGGUUCCUGGCCUGGCUGGGACGGGAGGUCCUGGCUCUCCCUAUUUGGACGUGGGCCGUCUUCCUCGGUGCCACGGUGAAUUGGAGGGGGGAGAGAUUUCGGGUCCGAUCAGAUAUGACGGUGGUUUCGAUAGACCCGGAGCCUGAGGAGCGGGCUUCGGCGGAAAAUGGGCAUAGCGCCAAUGCCAAUGGCGUACCAAGAGCGAGAGGGAAGAAAGAUUAGACCUAAGAUACCCCAGCAUUUAGAUUGGACGAACCUAAUAUAUAAUUCAUCACGUCAACCAUGUCGUUGGGUCGACUCAGCACCCAAAACUAUUUAUAUCAUAUCUCUCCUACGUAGUAUCAGAUUUUCCGAAGUAGCCGAUCUAGCCCGAGGACAGCCUUAACCAAGGUAUAUACCCUGUUUUCAUACCUAACAGAAUGCUCUGCUCUCCUAGGGGUCCCAAGUAAUAUAUUCAUGUCCCGAAGAGGUAGACCAUUGGUUAAACCUAAUUUAGAUUUGCAACUUCACAUGCAACACAACUAUCCUUCGGUAGGUACUUUAGAGGUAG